AUGGAAACGCUGGGGGAGAUGGAGAAUAGGCGCUCGCUCUUGAGCCGGCUCGACUUGUACGUUGCUGAUUCCCGGGUCGGGAAGCAGUUCAAGCUCGCAGAGCGGAACACCACCUUCAGCACCGAGGUACGGGCCGGCACGGCCACCUUCCUCACCAUGGCCUACAUACUGGCGGUGAACGCGAGCAUCCUAACCGACUCAGGUGGCACUUGCACCGUCAAGGACUGUGUCGAACUCUGCUCCGACCUCACGGUUCCUCUGUCGAGCUGCACCGGCCCCACCCUCCAAAUCAUCCAACCCGACGAGACGUGCAAAUUUCCCCCGAUCAAUAAGGGCUACAAGCAAUGCCUACAGAAUACACACAAGGACCUAAUUGUGGCCACCAUAGUUUCGUCUUUAAUAGGGUGCCUCCUGAUGGGGACACUGGCCAAUCUUCCCUUAGGCUUGGCUCCCGGCAUGGGUACAAAUGCUUAUUUUGCUUAUACCGUGGUCGGGUUCCACGGCUCCGGUCAACUGCCUUAUAGAAGCGCCCUCGCGGCCAUAUUCAUCGAAGGAUUGAUCUUUCUCUUGUUGUCGGCGGUCGGAUUACGAGCAAAACUCGUGCAGCUGGUGCCGAAAACCGUCCAGGUUUCCUCAAUGGCGGGUAUUGGCUUGUUUCUCGCGUUCAUCGGGUUACAAAAUAAUGAAGGAAUCGGACUCAUUGGUUACAGUCCCUCAACUCUAGUCACGCUUGGAGGCUGCCCUAGAUCUUCUCGAGUGGCUUUAGAACCCAUCGCGAUGUUGGCCAAUGGCACGGAUGGCUUGGCACCUCAGGGCACCAUUUCAGGUGACGUAAUGUGCGUGGGUAAUCGCAUGGAGAGCCCAACCUUAUGGCUUGGCAUAGUAGGGUUCAUAAUAAUCGCGUACUGUCUAGUGAAUAACGUCAAAGGGGCGAUGAUAUACGGCAUCGUCUUCGUCACGGUCGUCUCGUGGCUCCGAAACACCGCCGUCACGGUGUUCCCGGACACGGACCAAGGGAAAUUACAAUAUCACUACUUCAGGAAAAUCAUGGAAGUCCGCUCGAUCAACACCACGGCCGGAGCUUUGAGCUUCAAGGACAUAGACAAGGCCAGCUUCUGGAAGGCUCUAGCAACAUUCCUAUAUGUGGACAUACUCGACACCACGGGGACAUUAUACUCGAUGGCCAAAUUCGCGGGCUUUGCAGAUGCGAACGGCGGCUUUGAAGGGCAAUAUUUUGCUUUCAUGUCCGACGCGUCGUCGAUCAUAGUAGGGUCGCUACUCGGGACGUCGCCCUUGACGACGUUCAUCGAGUCGUCAACAGGGAUCAAGGAAGGCGGUCGGACGGGGCUAACGGCGAUAACCGUGGCAGGUUAUUUCUUCCUGGCCUUCUUCUUCACGCCACUGCUCGCCUCGAUCCCGGCAUGGGCGGUGGGGCCGCCGUUGAUCUUGGUGGGGGUGCUGAUGAUGAGAUCGGUGGUGGAGAUCGAGUGGGAGGACAUGAGGCAAGCGAUUCCGGCGUUCGUGACGAUAAUUCUCAUGCCAUUGACGUACUCCAUAGCUUAUGGCAUGAUAGGUGGCAUUGGAACGUACGUCGUUUUGCACGUCGGAGAUUGGGGGCGGAAAAUCCUGGGGAGGUACGAGAUUUGGAGAGACAUGGGGCAAUGUAAUCCACGCAAUGAGGCCUCAAAUGGUAAUGACAACAGCAUUCGGGGGAGUGACAAGGUUCUUGAAGCUUGA